AUGGGUUGGACGAACUCAGUCCCGAUCUUCCACGACGACGUCACCUACAUCCUGCAGCCCGAGAUUCCGCACGUUACGGUGCCCUACGUCGACGACGUUCCCGUCAAGGGUCCCGAAUCCGACUACGACGACGAGCGACUCCCUUCGAACCCCGGCAUUCGACGCUUCAGCGUCCUCAUCGCUCGAGAAAUUAUGGUGGUCGGACAUCGCUGCACUCCUCACGGACGCCUCCCUGACGACUCUCGCGUCGCUGCGAUACGCAACUGGGGUCCAUGCGCUACUCUAUCCGACGUUCGAGCGUUCCUCGGGACCAUCGGCGUCGUUCGUAUCUUCAUCCGUAAUUUCGCUCACCGCGCCGACGCACUCGUGCGCCUCACGAGGAAGGACGUCGAGUUCGAGUUCGGUCCGGAGCAGAUCGCGGCGCAGGAAGACCUCAAGGACGCGCUACUCUCAUCCCCCGCACUCCGAGCAAUUAGUUAUGAUUCCCCCUCUCCCGUCAUUCUCGCAGUCGACACGUCGUUCAUCGCCGUCGGAUAUCACCUCUGUCAGUGCGACGAAGCCAACACGCGAGUCCGUUACUACAGCAGGUUCGGCUCGAUUACGCUCAACGAUCGCGAACGAAGGUUUUCACAGCCGAAGCUCGAGAUCUACGGCCUAUUCCGCGCACUACGAUCCCUUCGACUCUACCUGAUCGGCGUUCGGAACCUCAUUGUCGAAGUCGAUGCUCGGUACAUCAAGGGUAUGCUGAAGAAUCCGGACAUAGCACCAAGCGCGAGUAUCAACCGGUGGAUCGUCUCGAUUCUCACAUUUCAUUUCACGCUCGUCCACGUCCCCGGUACAAUGCACGGCCCCGACGGUCUCUCUCGA